UGAUUAUGGCCGCACGUACAUGAAGCUAGCAAUUAACGUAUCGUUUAGUGAAUAAAAUCAUUAGUAUGUUGGAUUUAAUGACUUUUAAAGACGAGCUUUCGCUCAUCAUAGAUACCAUGGCCAAAUCGGUGGUGACUGAGAUCUACACAGCGGCGCAGAAAGUGUCUUUAAACAAACAAAACCCCGAGGCGGAGAAGAGACUAGCAGCUCUUGUUGACUGUUUGUGUGUCGAAGCUGUGGAGAAAAUCCUGAAGAUGGUGGAGCUGGCUGUAGUGAAGAACCAGGAGAGUCCAGGUCCAGUGCUGAAGGAGGCUAAAUGUGGGGGCGGUGCACAAUUGACCCCUGCUCUAGGACAGACCUAUGUCCUGCUGUUCAAGGUGAGUGUUUGAAGCCACAGAGACUCCGACUGUUGGGGCUGAUACGUAACCCUGUUGUGUAUCUGCAGAAUGCCGAUGCCUCAUCCAGAUGUGUGUUCAUGCCUGUGCAGAGCUGCGUCCAAACCCCCGGUGAAAUCCAUCUCCGUGAUGCAGCAGCUGAAGCUCUCCCUCCUAGCACUGACUCCUCCCCUUUCCUUCACACACAAUCUGACCUCCCAGAUCACCAAUACGCCCGGCCGUCCUCUCAGAUGUUACCUGAAGGGGUCGGAGUCAGCACCAGACGCAGCAGGAAACGUCAGGGCAGCAGAUGGAUGAAGACUUCCGACAAACCGACAGAGGGACUGGACUGGUCUCACGCAUGUUCUCUGUGCAGGAUGUUGUUUCCAAAUGCAGAGCGGCUCUCAGACCACCACAGGAAGUCCCACCCAGUGUGUUCUGUGUGUGGGACACUGUUCACCGGAGUCCUGAAGCUCCGACAACAUGAGAUCUCAGAACACGGCCUGCUGCCCUUUACCUGCAACUACUGCCCCAAAAGAUUCAACCACAAAGCUCACCGUGACCUGCAUGUUAAGACACGCCACACGGGGGAAAAGACAUGUCAAUGCGACAUCUGCGGAAAAGGAUACGCCUGCAUCAGUGUGAUGAAAACGCACCGCCUCACACACUUUGAUAAGGCAUUCAUCUGCAGCAUCUGUGGGAAGAGCUUCUACCAUGCCUGUCACCUGACCCGCCACAAGAUGGUCCAUCAGGAUGAGAGGCCACACAGGUGUCCAACCUGUGGGAGGGGCUUCACGCAGGCUGCCAACCUGCGCAGCCAUCAGGUGAUCCACAGCGGAGAGCGGGAGCUGUGUUCUAUCUGUGGAAAGCGUUACCGCUGUCUGAGGAACCACCUGAUCAGUAAACAUUCAGACGAGCUGCCUCUGACUCAGACCGUCAUCAGCUGCAACGUCUGCGGGAAGAAGUUCCCAACGCCUCACAGUUCAAAGUUCACCAGAGGAGCCACACCGGCGAGAGGCCCUUUAGCUGCGACAUCUGUGGGAAGAGCUACCGUCUGAAGGAGCUACUGAAGGACCACCGCCACACCCAUAGUGGCGAGAAGCCCUACAGGUGCCCACAGUGUCCAAAAACCUUUAGCCUCAGCACCAGCUUCACCCGACACCGCAGCAUCCACAGCACAGAGACACCGUACAGUUGCUCCACCUGCGGGAAGCACUUCAGACUGCACACCUUCCUCAAAGCACACCUGCUGACCAAGGCUCACCUGAAGAAGAGCCAGAGGAGGGCUCAGCCUCUGACCUCUGAGGCUGACCCCUGACCUCUGACCCCUGACACUUUGACUCUAAUUUAAGACCAGCGUGGUUUAACCCUGGUCCUGGGUUCAACUUGAGAGUCCGGGUCUUCGUAUCCAGAGGGAAUCCAGUUCUUCAGUUUGUUACAGAUGUAAUACCACUGACGGCCACUAGAUGCUGCUCAUAAAGCCUGUAGAUUCACACUAAACCGAACCAUAACAAUAAAACUAAUUUUGCCCAGGACUCAUUCUGGUCUCAUUGGUUUUAUGUGGACCUUCUACUCAGAGAUCUGGUCCAUGGUCCUGGUCUGGAGGUGUUUACUCCACUCCACUGUUCAUCAGGUCUAAUCAAAGCUGAAGAUGAUUGACAAGUGUGAUUGACAGUUCGUUUCUGUUGAGUCAGACUUUCAGUUUCUGUUUAUCUAAUAAAACACAUUUUUUUUCCAAAAUA